GACAUACAGCCGGGCUUGAGUCGCCCGAAAUCUAAGAUGGCGGCCUCCAUAGCGAUGCUGUCUCUCUCCAAAGCUCUAAACCCAACACGGCUAGGAAACACGGUUAAGGUAUUUGGAACAGCACUCCUCAACCAAAGGGAGAAAUCUACAUGCACAGGAAAAAGCAUUCCUCCCCCUGCCAGAUAUGGCGGCAGGCACACGGUCACACUGAUCCCAGGAGAUGGGAUCGGCCCAGAGCUGCUUAACCACGUCCGAGAACUCUUCAGGUUCAGCUGCGUCCCUGUGGACUUUGAGGUGGUCAAUGUGAACUCUUCCCUAACGAACGAGGAUGACAUUAACAAUGCCAUCACAGCUAUACGUCGGAAUGGAGUUGCUCUUAAGGGCAACAUUGAGACAAACCACACACUGCCACCUUCACACAAAUCGAGGAACAAUCUUCUCCGCACCAGCCUGGACCUGUACGCCAAUGUGAUGCACUGCCAGUCCUUGCCGGGGGUUCAGACCCGCCACAAGAACAUUGACAUCAUCAUCAUUAGAGAGAACACCGAGGGCGAGUAUAGCAGCCUAGAGCAUGAGAGUGUACCUGGUGUGGUGGAGUCCCUGAAGAUCAUCACACGGAGUAACUCGCUGCGUGUUGCUGAGUAUGCCUUCAAGUUAGCCAGAGAGAAAGGGCGACGCAGGGUCACCGCUGUGCACAAGGCCAACAUCAUGAAACUGGCUGAUGGCCUCUUUCUUCAGUGCUGUAAGGAGGUGGCCUCUGGAUACCCAGACAUUGCUUUCGACAGUAUGAUUGUAGACAACACCACUAUGCAGCUUGUAUCCCAGCCCCAUCAGUUUGAUGUCAUGGUGAUGCCUAAUCUGUAUGGUAAUGUGGUCAGCAACGUCUGUGCCGGGCUAGUGGGUGGACCCGGUCUGGUACCUGGAGCCAACUACGGGAAUGAUUAUGCUGUUUUUGAAACCGCCACAAGGAACACUGGGAAGAGCAUCGCUGGCCGAAAUCUUGCUAACCCCACUGCAAUGCUACUGGCCAGCUGUCUCAUGCUGGAUCACCUGAAACUUCACGAGUAUGCCAGCAUGAUCCGUAAUGCUAUUUUCACCACUAUGAACGAGACUCAGUUGCAUACAGCAGACAUCGGGGGUCAGGGCACUACCUCAGAGGUGGUACAAUCCAUCAUGAGGAACAUCAAGAGCAGCGGACCCCUCACUGCAGAACUCUAAUGCUAUAACUAAACUCCACAACAGCCAUAAAUGAUUCUUGAACAUCAACACGUGGACAGAGGAUCAGGAUAUACUGUAUUUAUGUUGCUUACAUUACACUGUUUGUAUUAGAAGACUUGGAAGUUUGUUUGGAUUCAUUCUGUUCCAUUUGGUAUCCAUCUAGGGUCACUUGGGCGUCAUGCAACAUAACGGUUAAUAUGAUAUUUCUGUGGAGGUACUGUAUUAUGCAAAAUUAUGAUUUAUAAUGCCAAAAAGCGUUCCAUGGUUAAACAAGUUUGAGUUGCAAGAAUAUGUUUCAUGCACCCAUGUAGUCAUUUUACAGUGGUUUGUUUAAUCAUUUAUGCAAACCAUUGUUCUGUCCCAACUACAAAAGUAAGCCAAAAUAAUUGCUAAAGGUGUUUAUUCCACUUAAUUGAUAUUCAAUAUUUUCUAAAGUAAUUUAAUAUUCAGUGAAGUAAUAAGUUAACUGAGCGAUAUUACAAUAUUAAGUUCCCAGGAUGUAAAUAUGGAACUUUGAUAUAUGGAAUUGAUUGUACUAAAAUUCUCAAUUUCUAAGUGACCUUUUCCUUUGUCUCAAUACAAUACCAUUCAUAAGUUUAAUCUUAUGCUUACUGUUUUUUAACCUGGUUCAGUUUCUUUUGCAUGCUGCAUACCUUAUGCAGAAAUUGUUCAGUUAUUUAUCCGUAUACUGGUAUGUUGGCUGAUUUUCUUUAAAUAUUAUAGCAUUUCCACUGUUACAUAAAUGCAUCCUCAAAACAAAAAUAAUUGUAUUGUUUAACAUGUAUUGGAGUGAUGCAUUUUACAUCAGUAAAGUGGUUAAACUUCCUUAUUUGUAAUUCUGUCUGUGUUUUUAUAAGCUGUGAAAAUCACAAGUAGCUGUCAAAUUGUUAACACGUGGAUAGACCUCAUGGGGUAAAGUUUAAUUAAAGGACAAAUGCAAGUA